AUCCCACCUAUAUUAAACAAUGAACGUUAAAUAACAAACAUCGAGAAAUUGACAUUUUUAACGCGUAUUUUACUCGGCUGUUAAACGUAAUAAACAGGGAAAAUUGUACGUAUGUAGAAUUUUAAAUCGUAACAGUUCAUAAAGGUAUCAAAGAGAGUUGAUAGAAAUAUCAAAAUUUCAGUAAAAAUUUAAACGAAAUUGAACGAAAAUAAAAACGAUUACUCUUUCACAAAAUACUGCAAAGUGUCAUUAUAAAGAAGAAAAAUGAAUUCUUCUUUAGCGCUAUAUUUACGACGUUUGUCAGCGAGAAUAUCUUCGAAAGGUAAUUCCUCUACUAUUUCGCUUUCUUUUUCUUCCAUCUCUUCCACUUCUCCUUCGUUCUCGCCAUACGAUUCCAGAGAAAUAACCUUCUUCCGACAUUUCUCUGAUAUCACUUCUUUUAGCGUACUAUUCAUCUUUUUUAUAUGUUUCCGAGUAAACUCGCAAUAAUCUAUACUUUCGCUAAAGUUAUUUAAGAGUAAUAUUCAAUUCUGCGGUAAAAUUUUAAUAAUUUACAUCCACGUAUAUCGUAGAAUCUAAGAAACGUGAAGAUAUCAGAGAUUCGACAGACGUUAUUUUACGCAACAAGAAGAUGUUUUACGCGAUGUUCUUGAAAUGUUUUUGAAAUGUUUUUGAAAAUAAUUGACGCUAGAUUCUGAUUAACUUUCGAUUAAUCACGUUAUCCCGUAGGAUGAAAUAUCAAGAAAAAUAACAAAUAUUCAAGUUGCCUAACUGAAAAGAAGAAUAAAUGUUGACGAAAGGGAAACUGAAUGUAAGAUUAUACGAUAAGAUUAAGAUGUUACGAAGUUUGUAUUCGCACAAAACUUCAUGUUUAAUUUAUUUAUGUUUGAUUUUAUUCGACAAAAAUAGAUAUUAUCUCAGUCCUUUUCUUUACAUUUCGUUAAAUUUAUUUCCGCAAGUUCCUUCCAUUACCUAUAUACGUAUAAUAGCCUGUUACAAUGGCGUAUAAAUUAAAAUCAAUACUAUUGUACAUAUUUAUUUUUGUAUACAAAGUGUUAUAAAUACAGACAAUAUACUGGUUGAAUCGUAGGUCGUCCUUCCAACCUGUGAAGAUGAAUUUAAAGAUUUUGAACCGAUUGUUUUUCAUACUCCUGCUAUUUACAAUACCAAAGUAAAGGUUCAUGAUUGGCAAAUGCAUACGUUGGCUGAACCCAGAGAUAACAAAGACAUAUUUCCACCGAAAGGGAAUCUUCAUAAAUCAUCGUAUGAAAGACUAGGACCAGAACCUGCUUGUACAGGAAUUACGGAAACACACGCGAUGUUGUCUCAAAUAGAAUUAAAAGACUCGUAUAAACCAAUUUAUCCGCAACGUACUCUACUUCAUAUCAAGUCACUUGCAUCGUUAGAGCCCGAAGAAAAACAAGAGACAUUGACGGAUAUCGUGUACGAUGCCGAUGAAGCUCGUAACAUGGAUUAUCGAACAACAACGAAAAUUCAUUACAGAUCACCCCAUCCCAUGAAACGAAGAACGUUACCGCCGCCACCGCCACCACCACCGGAACCAUGGCUCUUAAAUCGACGGACUAUCGGAUAUAGUCUGGAAGAAUUAGAAAAGCGAAACGGGACGUACACGUUUUUAGAUGACAAUAUGGAGCUUCAUAAACAAAUAGCUGAUUUAAAAUCAAGAAGAUACAAACCGCGUACGUUUCAAGACAGUCAGCCUUCCGAACACAUCAAUGUGUCUAAUAUAAAAGACUGUAAGGAUUGAAAAUUGGAAUGUACAAAAAUAACCGAGAAUAUAUUUUAUCGAAUUCAUCGAAAGAAAUGAAUUAUUAUUGUCGUUAGAGAGUAUGCUGAUAAAGUGUUAUUGUGACUCUGUUAUUGUGACUUGCUCGUUAAAGAGUUUUCUACGUAAUAUGAAACAUGAACAUCCACGCGUGUUAAGAUGUGGAGAAUAGAAAGGAUACAAUAUGGAAAUCUACUCGUAAUAAUAAUAAUAAUAAUAAUAAUAUUAAUAAUAAUAAUAAUAUUAAUAAUAAUAAUAACAACAACAACAACAAAGGAUUAUCCAAGUAAACGAAGGAAUUUGUGUUGCAUUCCUGUUGGAUUCGUGUUACAUUAGCGAUAAAAGCAUCUAGUCAGUUUGCAGGUUCGGGCGCAUAUUUGCAAACAUGAAACUAAAAAUUAUAAAUUAAGAGGGCCAGGAAGUGUAUAGAGAAAUUGUAGAGUGGCAAAUACAGUAUAGAUGGAAAAGUAAAGUUAGUUUCGUUUUAUUUUGAUUCAAUUACAAAUGCGUACGGACCUAAGAAUUCAACCAAUACUACCGAUAAAACAAAAGCUGGUGGUUACAUUAUACGAAACAACUAUGAUAAAUCGGAUAAUUACA